GUUUGAAAAGAGAAAAAGAAAGACUCGAUUCUGUUGUAAUACGAUCGCCUCUUAGCCAGCUUUGGACUUUUUCAUCACCGUGACGCGCUUCCCCUCUUUGGAUUGAAUGCUUGAAGUCCUUUUGCAUUCUGUUCACUGUUAGAAUCAAGAUUGUUUCCCCCCACCGCCAGUUUUUCCGCCACUCUUGUUAUUACCACUUUUCUUUUUUCUCUACUAGAAACUGGCUAUACAUAAUAUUUCUCUUCGCUACGUUAUUGUGAAGAAUACCUAAAACCCCCACUUAUUUUCUUUACUUUUCCUACUCCUCACCCUCUCUGUUCGGUUGAGAUAUUCCCUAACCUUCACACGACACUCACAAUACCAACCAACUAGAUGGACCCCAACACGGCUGCAUCGUAUCAGCCACAGAUCGACCGUUCUCGCUCGACUAACUCCAGACUGGGCGAUGAUAAUUUGACGACAGGUAUAAGGCCGCGACGACAGAAAUCGUUGGUCAGACCUGAACGAGAGCGUAUCGAUCCAAAUCAUCGACAAUUUCAUUAUCGACAACGUGCUACAGAACAUCUUGGGGUGGAACAAGUGGCUGCAAGUUCAACCGGUAAUAUUCCUUUGCAUUAUCAAGAGGUUCCAGAACGAAGAGCGCAAAGACUACCUUCAUUUCGACGUCAAGUACCUCCCGUCAGACGUGGAAAAAGUAUCUUAGGCAGAGAAGAACCUCCCAAGGAAAAAAUAAAUGUCAAGCCUGCUGCUGCCAAACGAACACCAAGUCAACCGUCUGCAGGAGGUUCUGAUGGUUCCGAAACAAUCACUGGAAAUGAUAGUGCAGCGCCAGCCAACGCUGUUGUAUUGGACGAUCAAGCCAAAAGCAGAUUGCCAGAUAUGUGGAAUAUCUAUGUUCGAGCCCUGACGUGUUGUUUUCCUGGCAGCGUUCUUCGUUCAUUCGGACUCAAGGAUGAGCGUGCUCAGUAUGCAUGGCGUGAAAAGAUCGGCCUUUUGUCCAUUAUUGCUAUUAUCAUGGGAUUUGUCGGUUUCCUUACUUUUGGAUUUACGGAGGCUGUUUGCCCGACCCCUCCCUUGAGUUUUCAUGCCGGAUCAAUCAAUAAUGGUUAUCUCUUGAUCAAUGGAUGGGCUUACCAAUUAUCAUCCUGGCAAGAUCAUCCUGCCAUUCCCGGCGUCACCAACGAAAGUACCAACCCACUUUAUCCUCCUAUCAAUGCUGGUGGCAUGGAUGCCACCUUCCUGUUUCAGAAUGUGAACCAACGCUGUCUCAACAUUAUUGUUCCUAAAUCUGGUGCGCAAAUUCACCAAGACGGAAACAAAGUACCGACAUAUUUCCCUUGCCGCAUGUUCGACCCAAACAAUACCAUUGCUCCUGAUGCGAACACUUACUUGAACUACUCAGGAUGCCAUUUGUCUUCCUCUGCACGUACCAUGUACUACGACUUUUCAACUACCGGUGUACCCAACAAUAAGAAUGGUUUUGACAAAGCUGGACGUGUCUACUAUAAUUGGGAAGAUGUCACUGCAGAAAAGGGGUUAAUGGUUUACAAUAGUGAUGUGCUCAAUCUCAAUUUGCUGCAAUCUCUCCCUCAGAACUACUUUAAUGUCCCCACUGGAGGUUUAAUUGCAGCCCUCUUGGCCAACUCUUCCGGUUAUGUUGGAAGAGACAUGACCAGACACAUCUCUACGUUCAGAGGCUCAAACAAUGACUGGAAACAGGAAGCCGAUUGUCUUGCUGAUAUUAUUACCGUCGGUAUGCUGGAUACGGAAAGUAUCGGUUGUAUUGCGUCCGACAUUGUGCUUUAUGUUUCUUUGGUCGUUAUUCUCGGAGUCAUCAUUGUCAAGUUUGGUCUAGCUGUCAUCUUUGGCUGGUUCCUCUCGUGGAAGCUGGGUAACUUCAACGAAGGCACAUCCUAUAAGGAGAGAAUGAAACGUGCUGCAGAAAUCGAAAAUUGGACAGAGGGCAUCUAUCAACCUGCCGAUGCUAUCAAGCCAAAGAGCCCUUACUCUUCGUCCACUGCCGCCUCUCCCUAUGGUGGAUUGAAUGCUCGUCGAAAAACCUUUUUGCCACAAACAUCUCGUUUCACUCAACCUGAAUUUGGCUCUAAUCGAUUCAAUGCUAUGGAACGCACCACCAGUACUACCUUUUGGAAUUCAGGACCAGGUUCAUCCAGCCCUGGUCUCGGACCACUUUCUGGUUCUCGCAAUUCUAUGUUUGGAUCGAAUUUUGGAACUCCUCCUGCAUCGCCUUCACUGCGUGGCAUCAAUGACACUUCUUCGUUUCAUCGCCAGAGUCAGAUCUACUCGCCUUCCCGACGAUCAUCCGUCUCAUCUUCAGGCAUGGGAAGCAUUUCACAACAAUCUACUUGUCCUUUCCCGCUUUCGAAGCAUGUGAUUCAACAACCCAAACCAGAUUAUAUGCCGUUCAACUUUGCUUUGGCGCACACUAUCUGCUUAGUCACUUGUUACUCUGAAGGAGAAGAAGGUAUUCGAACCACUCUGGAUUCCAUUGCCACGACCGAUUAUCCCAACUCGCACAAGCUUAUCUUGGUUGUCUGUGAUGGUGUUAUUACUGGUCAUGGUAACGCCAUGUCAACUCCGGAUAUUUGUGUAUCCAUGUUGCGUGAUUGCAUUGUUCCCAAGAAUCAAGUACAACCUUAUUCCUACAUUGCCAUUGCUGAUGGAUCCAAGCGACAUAAUAUGGCCAAGAUUUACGGUGGUUUCUACAAAUAUGACAACAACACCGUUGACCCCGCUCAACAACAGCGUGUACCCAUGGUGGUCGUCGUCAAGUGCGGUACCCCCGAAGAAGCCAAAGAAAAGAAACCCGGUAAUCGUGGCAAACGUGAUUCUCAGAUUGUUCUCAUGUCUUUCAUGCAAAAGGUUAUGUUUGAUGAACGCAUGACUUUGAUGGAGUACGAGUUCUUCAAUACCAUUUGGCGAAUUACCGGGGUUAGCCCCGACAAGUACGAGAUUUGUCUCAUGGUGGACGCCGAUACCAAGGUUUACCCCGACGCCCUUUCCAGAUUAGUAUCCUGUAUGGUGAAGGAUCCCGAAAUCGCUGGUCUGUGCGGUGAAACGAAGAUUGGUAACAAAACGGACAGUUGGGUCACUAUGAUUCAAGUGUUUGAAUACUAUAUCUCUCACCAUCAAUCUAAGGCUUUCGAAUCCAUCUUUGGUGGUGUAACAUGUUUGCCUGGUUGUUUCUGUAUGUAUCGUAUCAAAGCUCCUAAGGGUCCUAAUGGUUACUGGGUUCCUAUCUUGGCCAACCCUGAUAUUGUCGAACAUUAUUCUGAAAACGUUGUGGAUACGCUUCACAAGAAGAAUUUGUUGCUUCUCGGAGAAGAUCGUUACUUGUCCACUCUCAUGUUGCGUACUUUCCCCAAGCGUAAGAUGGUAUUCGUUCCUCAGGCCGUCUGUAAAACCGUUGUUCCUGAUACGUUUGCCGUUCUAUUGUCACAACGUCGUCGAUGGAUUAACUCUACCAUUCACAAUUUGAUGGAAUUGGUUCUCGUGCGAGAUCUUUGCGGUACCUUCUGUUUCUCUAUGCAAUUUGUUGUCUUCAUGGAAUUGGUCGGAACAGUGGCUCUCCCCGCUGCCAUCUCUUUCACCCUUUACCUUAUUAUUCUUGCUAUCAUUGGAAAGCCGGCUAUUAUCCCACUUAUUCUAUUGGCCAUUAUUCUCGGUUUACCUGCUGUUUUAAUCGUAAUGACUAGUCGCAAGGUUGUCUACGUUGGAUGGAUGUUGGUCUACCUCUUCUCUUUGCCCAUUUGGAACUUUGUUCUACCCGCCUACGCUUUCUGGCACUUUGACGAUUUCUCCUGGGGAGAAACACGUAAGGUGGCUGGUAGCGGAAAGGAAGAAAAUCACGGUGAUAAGCAAGGAGAAUUCGAUAGUAGCAAGAUCACCAUGAAGCGCUGGGGCGACUACGAAAAGGAUCGCAAGGUCCGACUUGCAGCUGAAGCCGGACUCCCCCCUCCUAAAUUCGCUGACCGGUCCUCACGCCUAGACAUCUUUAGAGACACAUCCCCUGCAUCCAAUACAUAUCACAAAGCCGGAUCGACUGGUUCCAGCGACAGUGACUUACCAUUUAAUCAGAGCGAAUACGUACCUGCUGGAUACUCUGGUAGACGCCAUAACCGAAACGGUUCAGUGGAACUGCUUAGACUACCAUCACCUGGCCCUAACGCUCCAGCACAAACCAAAAAAUCAUUCCCAGAAGACCCAUAUGUGUAAUAAAACCUCUCCCAAAGCUGUACCUUUGUCUUAUAUAUCUUCCAUUAAACCAUUUUUCAUUAAACCAAUACCUCACCGUUAUGAAAACGUGGGAAACUAA